CUCUAUCCAAAAGAACGUAUAAGGGAUUGUCACAAGAUGAAGAUGCGUAAUUUUUAUUGAGACCGACGACAUUAGGUUAUCGACUCUCAACUGUCGUCUUAUAUAUGGAUUUUCGAUUUUGAUCGUUUCCUUUGGCCUAGUCGUGAUUUAAAUUAUAUCAAAAUAAUGUGCAUUACCAUGUCGACUGUGUGCUUCGGAUCAUGUUGUGCCGUUGGUAAUCGGCGACCAUAUUGAAAUUCGGUAUUUUGAGGCUCCUGGCGGUGUGACGGACAAGCACCUCGGUGAUUUAUCAUAUAUAAGGAAUAAUUAACUCACAUACAGUGAGAAAAUCUUCCAACCCAAUUUUGCAAACAGGACUUCAGACCUAGUCGUGCACUAGUUCCAAUUAAUGUUUUAUUGAAAACUGCGGGAUGGUCUAACAGUUGUACAUUCGCCAAAUUCUAUAAAAAGGACACUGCCGUGGAGAGUUAAAAGGAUUUCAGCUCAGUUGUGCUGGCAACCGAAGAUUGAGGCACUGUUCAGGUAGAAGAUAAAACUCGCUUAUCAGAGUGCAGUAUUUAUAACCCAGGCUUCAUCGGUUUAUCUGGCAGUAAGUUGGAUAUUACCUCACCAGUGAGUUAAUCGGGGAUAGUCACAACGCGAUUCGACAGAAGAUGUCUGCUCUCCGCGAACAAAGCGCGGACGCAACAUUAACGGAAAAAACAAUUAAAAUGGACUGGGGCGUAAACGAACAGCUUAUGAAGGAAUGUGAAAUAUUAAAAUCUAAAAUAUCCACAGACCAUUUUAGUGAACUUCUGCCGAUAGAAAAAUCAUUUGAAGAUAUGCGAAAGAUCUGUGUGAAAAACAAGGUAAUUUUAUUAAAGGACAAGGAACUCCUACAACAAUCAUUAGAAGAUAUGCAAAAGAUCAUGAAAACCGAGGAAACUUUAGUGAAGGAAAUGGACCUUCGACAACAAGAUAUAAAACAAAGAGAAGAAGAAAUUAAACAACUCGAGUCUUGCAGUAACGAGGACAGAAACAAAUGGCAACGACACACAGUGAACGAAACUGUCGAGGUACUGAAACGAGAGUCUGCUUUGACUACAGGCGUUAGAAGUGAACCGAGUGAACAACUGCCGAUAGCUAAAUCAAUAGAAGAUAUGAGAAAGAUCUUUGACAAAAACGAGAAAACUUUAGUGAAGGAAAUGGACUUCCUACAGCAAAAUAUAACAAACAGAGAAGAAGAAAUUAAAAAACUAAAUUUUUCGUUACAGUCUGUGAAGUCUCGCAGUAACGAGGACAGAAAUAAAUGGCAGCGAAAAACUGAUACACUAGCAGAACACAGUAUCAUCCUAAAGAAGAUGACGAAAUUACUGCGACACAGACUGAACACAUUGAUCGAAACUGUCGAUGUACUGAGACGAGAGUCUGCUUUGACCUUAGGCGUUAGAUGUAAACCCAGCCACCAACUUAAGCUGUUGAUUGAAAAACAAGCGCAUUUGGAACAAGAAUAUGAUCAGACUCAAAAAGAUCUUAAAAUGCUGUUGGGCGGUCAUAAGGUGAAUAUGACGACGGCAAAGUCUGAUAAGAACACGAAGUUACAAACACUAGAGGAGGAACCAGAGAGCUCGGAUGAUCAAUUCUCUCGGCAAAUAGAAUUAGGAAAAAUGGUUGUUCAUAAGACAGAUCCAAAGAAGGACAUGGAGUCACAACCACUGGUCUCAGAGAGCCUAGAGGAACAAGAGAGAGUGAUGUACUCUGGCAUACAUGCUCUCAGCAAAGAAAAUGACAUGCUUGUAACGGGAUUGUCCGUGAUCAGGGAUCGUCAUAGCCCCGAUGACGAAAUAUUGUCAGCAGACGAUAUCGCCUCCAAUGAAGAGACUGACCAUCCGUCAAGUGAUUCACCGUUCGACGGCUCUGUUGCCAUUACAAACUUCAGUGAACCGAUGCAUGACACGAUGCCUGAUAAAGAUUAUCUCAAAUCGUUAUGUGCAUCACACGGCAUCAAGUCUGACCAAUUAAAAUAUGAAUGUGAAAAAUUGUGUAACAUUAUACAUAAUUUUGAACACGUGGUGGACGUUUAUCCGGCAUACAAAGAAAACGAUGUUACGAGCGUAUUUUUUAUCGUGACGGUGUCAAGACAGUCGGAUAAUCUUCCCAUACAUCUAGAUGAUAUACGUAUCGAUUGGGUAAUUAAGUCAAUUGAUAUUAGUCGUUAUAAAAUAUCAGGAAACAUUGGAAUAAAAAUGAAAGAACACGAAAUUCAAAUGCUUCGGGUAUGUUUUGGGAGACAUGCACAUGCUUUAAUGAACAAACAUCGUUAUCUUAGUAUAAUAGAAAGUUGUAAUUACACACUGAAUAAAGAAACUGAAUGUGCUACCAAUGCACUACAAUACGAAGCUAGAUUGGCUCUAUAUGUACAUGCAAAGGGCUACAUUCCAAUCAAUGAAGAACCAUUUGAAAAAUCGUAUGACGGUAUACCAGUAGUAGUAAAAGAAGGCGUGUAUAUUCCAUUUGUCAAUACCGCCAAUAUGAAGCAUCCGCAUGUUCGCAUGGGAUGUCAAAUUCAACGCGCUCAACUUGCUGUGAAUGGUACCCUUGGUCUUUUUGUUGAGCACAGUACCUACGGUCUCUGUGGACUGACAUGUGCUCACGUUAUGCUGUCAAAGGAAGAACAUGCACGAUGUAAGGCAAACAAUGGAUUCAUUCAUUCAGAUUCAUUUUUAAAUGAUAUUGACGUUUUCCAGCCAGAACAUCCCCACUUAUUGGGUAAACUUGUUGAGGCAAUACAGAAAGAAGGCAGUGAGCGUGAAGAAGGAAUCGACCUGGCACUUAUACAAAUAAACGAAAGACAUCCUGUUGAUGGAAAAUUUCCCGAAACAGAGAUAGAUAUUGAUUUUGAGUCUGGAAAGACAUUAAAACCCAGCAUACGCAAUGAUCGUUGUUACAAAUUCGGAAAGGCUUCGGGCUUUACCAAUGGUACUUUGAUCAUCACAGAACAAUUAAGUGUAAUUAAAGACGUCCUCGAUUUUCAAGGAUAUCAUUGCGUACUUUGGAAUCAAAUUAAAGUGCAGCCAUCUGGACAAUUGUUUGCUACAAAUGGUGAUUCAGGUGCACCCGUUUUCGUCAAAGAUGGUGAUGGACAACUGGCAUGCGUAGGAAUUAUUGUGGGGGGAACAACCGACGGUAUGGUAUAUGUAACACCUGUAACGAGGAUUCUACAGGAGUUUGGUAUUUCACAGUUGAAAACGUUCAUUCCGAACAUUGCAGAUUUGGCGAAAGAUAUACAUUCAAUCAAAAGGACCUUGGAGCAGUUAAGCUAUACUGUACAAGCCCAUAUGUCAAACACUUGAUCCAAAGUAAACAAAAGUCGAGUCCGGGCUUGAGCGCGAGCGGUCAUAUUAUUUAAUAAAAAUAUGAUACACAACUUUUGAAGAAAAUAAAUAGAAUCUAUAUCGUGUUUUAAAAUCUGAUUAAACAUUUUUACGAAUCUGCAAAAGGUCAAAUAUAAAAUAACUAUUACAUUUGUCGUGAAGGAUUUUAACGAUUUGUUUCCAUUUUGUAUUUCCACCGUAAAAUAUUUUAUUUUGCAUAUAGCAUAUUAUGGUUUAACUACACAAAAUUAUAACAUUUGUUUCACACAUUCUUAGCCAUAAAUUAUGGUUUACAGCAGCUAAGACCGUGGUUCGUGUGAAUAUAUUGUGUUUAAAACAAUUUCAAACAUGAUUUAAAGGUUAACCAAUAUGAAAUAGCUUUACAAAAGUACAUAAAAAUAUUGGUAAAAUCAUAAAAAAGAAAAAGAGUAUGUUGCUUUAAGGAAUGUCGACUUACGUUACAAAGUACAUGUAUAUAAAAGUGUGUGUUUUUUUAGGUUAGUUGCAUUCGUUGAGCAAAAAAAGCGCGUAUAUAAUAUGUAUGCAAUGUAUUUUAUGUUGUCGCUUAAUUCCUCAAGUUUAAGUAUAUUAUUUAAAAAGGACACAAACGUAUAUUUUUUGGUGUUGCUUUUUCCUGUUUGCAUUUAAGGAUACAAUAUUUAGCCAACUAUACUUCGGAGUUUAUAACGUGCGCAUUGUUGGAAUCAGCUAUAGUCAUAUUGAGUAAUGCUAUAAUUGCAAAAUUUAAUUAAAUGUUUUCAAACCUUUCUUACUUUUUGUAAAUUAAGUUUUUGAUAUCCAUUCAACACCUUCGAAUGAAAUAACAAUCCCAGACUAUGUGAGUAUUCGUUUUUAAGUGCAUAUAAUAUAAAUCGCAAAAUGUUGAACGAACGAGAUGGGAUUUAUAGAUGUAUGAAUUGUUUGGUAAAAUGUGCACGAGGCAUUUAAAUUGGACGUUUUUAAGUUUGGUGUUAAUAGGUGAUUUGACUGGUUGGGUUAAGAUGGUUCUUCGGUAAAUAUGUGGAUUAAUAAGCAUGACUUCCCAUUUAUAAAAUUGUUAGAACUCUCCGGAUCUGUGUUUUAUUAUAAGUGAUUUACAAACUUGUUGCAAGCUUUUUUAUGCUGUGUUAUUUUGUUGAGCACGUAGUGCGGUUUUGUAUAAAUGAUAUCGUUAUCUUUUAGCUUAUUUUUGCAUUUAACGUGAGUGCUUUGGCGAUUUAAGGAUAUUUUAUCAAGCAUGUUUUAUCUGUUUCAUAAAGAUUUAUUAUAUUUGGUAAACUGUAAAACUCUCAUUUCCUAAAAUCAUAUACAUGUUAAAUAUAUUGCUUUAAAAUAUGUUUUAGUAAAGAUGUUUUAUAAAUGAAUUAUUUCAGAUAUUUUUUCUGUAUUUGUAUGUCAUCUGUUUCAAAGAGACACUAUCUAAUCCAUAAGAAUGUUUUUUAAGCACUUGGAUGUAAUAUUUAGUUACUUGACUUCUUUUCGUGAUGAGGUGAUUUAAAAAUCAACAUUCCGACAUAAUUACUUAUUGGUUUAUAUUUUCAUCAGGUUUUAGUCUUGUUGAAAUAAAAAUCUUUUAAUGCCACUGGCUUUGAUGGAUUGUAAGAAUAUGUCUAUAUCAGAAUUUAUAGACCACCAUCGGCAUACUCGUGAAUGAUGCGCUGUUUUUGCAAUUUUAUCUGGUUUUUCAUUCCACAACAAUUACAAACGUAGAGAUUUUAGUUUUGAAAUGAUGUCUUAAGAUGGACUUGGUAAAACUGUUAAUGGAUAUACAAGCUUUGGUAUUGCAAAAAUUAAAAAAAUGUACUUUUUCAAAUGAACGAUAGUUUCCAGCGUUUUCAUUAAUUUAAACACGUUACAAAAGCAAAAUUGUUUCAUGAAUAUUUAAUGACAUUAUUUCUGUUGAUUCGUUGCUAAAUUCUUUCCAUAAAGUGUGUGUUUACGAAACUCUAUUGGGCUAAUUUUAAGUUCCCCUAUUAUAUGGAUUUUAAAUGUAUGCUUGUGAAUGUGAGUCCGGAAACUGCUGCAAAUUAUUCUAUGUUGUUUUUUUGUCAAAUGUUUCAAACGAUGUACGCUGAACAUGUUAUAUGAAUUAGGCGUCAUCAAAAAAGUGACUGUUAAAGUUUUCCAUUAUUAAUUUUGUAUUUAUUUGACUUAUAUGUUAAUUUUAAUGUAUAUAGACAUCAAUUCAAGCAAAUAAUAUAAAGGUUAUGUGAUAAAAGGCAUCCUGGUAUGGCCCCUCUUUGUAUAGUAAACACAUCCAACGCAUUGUCAGUUUCAUCCAUUUGUUUAGUAAUUUCUUGUAAAAGUCUAACUUUUUCGCCAAUGAAUAUUCUUUUGAUAAAUCCGGUUUGAUUUGUAAUGAGUUUAUGAUUUACAGCCACAUAAAUAAUCAAAAUCAAUGAAUAUAACAUGCAAACUACGUCGUGCGUCCGUCGCUGCCCGAAGCCAAUCUCGCGUCUGUUCAUAAAUUAACAUCAUGGAGUAGAGACAGCCAUGGUAAAAAUGUACAAUGACCUUUUGGAAACCAUAGACAAAAACCUCAUAACAAUUGUAAUAAUGAUAGACCAAAGUGUUGCGUUUGACACUAUUGAUAUUCCUAUUUUUAUUCAAAUUCUCCAAAAUGAGUUUGGAAUCCAAAGUACCCCAUUGAAAUGGAUUGAGUCAUACCUGACUAACAAAACAAUGAAAGUUUGGAUUAAACAAUCUUCAUCUAACACAGCCUUUGAGAUUCGGCGUCCCCCAAGGCUCCUGUGCUGGACCAGUGAUUUUAACUCUGUAUAUAUCGGCCCUCAACAAGGUGGUUCAGAAGUAUCCAGCUUAUCUGUAUGGCUAUGCAGACGACCACAAGAUUGCAUUCAAGAUUCAGGCAGAAAAUCAUGAAAAUGAAGCAUACGUUUUACAACAACUUGAUAAGUGUCUCAAUGAUAUUAUAAACUGGAUGACAACUUCCAAGCUUAAAAUGAACCAAUCAAAAACAGAAAGUGUGAGUGUUGGAGAAUGCAUGGUUAAGUUAGUAGACCGUGUGAGAGAUCUUGGUGUUUCAAUAACCAACACUCUUACCCUUGACCUUCACAUCACGAAGAAGUGCCAAAUUGCCCAAAUGCAAUUGCGUAAUUUAAAAGCUAUACGCAGGCAUUUGACACAGAAGUCAGCGGAGGUGUUAGUGCAUGGUCUUGUACACUCCCAUAUUGACUUUUGCAAUGGUUUAUUCACCGAUCUACCAGCUUACCAAAUUCAAAAGCUUCAGCGGACUCAAAAUCAUGCCGCAAGAGUGGUCCUUUUGCGUCAUUUGGUCAACCAAGUGCUGAACUCUUGAAACAACUCCACUGGCUACCAGUAAAAGCUAUAAUCAUGUUCAAAGUCCUGGUUAUGGUCUUUCGUGUUGUCCAUGGUUAUGCUCCUGGUUACUCGCAAGAAAUGUUUGUCCCAGCAAGCAGUCGGUAUAGACUUCGAUCACAAAGUGACUGUAAUCUUGUUAUUCCCUGGAGACGAACUAAGAUGGCGGAUAAAUCUUUAGCUGUUGUCCCGAAGUGGUGGAACAAUCUACCAAGCCACUUAAAAAUCAUUGACAAUGAGGGAUGUUUUAGAUCAAGACUUAAAACUCAUUUGUUCAAUCUUUUUCACGGAUAACCCAUGUGCAGUGUUUGUGAAGCGCAAUAGAAUAUUUUUAUAAUAUUUUUUGCGCUAUAUAAAUGACAUGGAUUUAUAUUUGUAUAUAGAUGUUCGGAUAUCGUCGCAGUAAAUUCGAAUAUAAUAUAUGAAGACAAAAAUUAAAAGAAGUGUGUGUAUCUCGUUAAAUCUAUGUUACCACACUACAUAUAGCGUUUACAUAUUUGCUAUUGCUAUAGGAAAAACUGAUUGCUUAUGGGUUAACUUUAUUUUACGAAAUAUUUUACGAAAUAUUCGUUAAUUUUUAGUAUAAAUGUAGCUUUUGGAAAGGUUGUAUGCGUUUGCAAUUACUUUUGUAGCUUUUUUAUAAUCAACAUUUAAAAGUGAAACAGGCCUCCAGUUAUCGAUAAAAACGGUGUCUUUUCCGGGUUUUUGGUACUAAUGGUACUAUGUUUUGUUAUUGCAGGUCUGUAAGGUUAUUGGUGUAUGAUGACUAAUUAAGAGCUAACAACAUGUUGCUUAAUAUAUGUCGAAAAUAUGUUAAACAAUUCUUCAGAGAUACCAACUGAUCCUGAACAUUUAUUGUUGUUUUUUAUGUCUAGCAAUGCUUAAGCGCUUUAAUGCUCUGACAGAUACUUUUGUUAUUUUUUUGCCUCUGGACUUAUUUUAUUGCAAAUGUAAAAAAGGAAACGUUCACAAUUGUUUAUAUUCUGCAGAGAGACCAACUGAUUCUGAACAUGUUUAUGUCUAGCAUUGCUUGAGCGCGUUAAUGCUCUGAUAGAUAAUUUUGUUUUUUUUUGCGUUGGCUCUGGAUUUAUUUUAAUGCAUAUGUAAAAAAAGGAAACGUUCAAAAUUGUUUAAAUCUAUAUGUGUUUCUUUUUUAUAAAGAUUUUUAUUAAAGUGUAAAUUAUCAUUUAGUAUGUCUUUUUGAUCUUGUAUCGCGGUAUGAUUAUUAUUUUUAAGUUGUUGCAUAGUUUUAGCUAAUGUUCGCCUUUUUCCUGAUUCUCAAAACAGUUGGUUGUCUUUUCGGGGCUUUCUACUGUGCCUAAGCAAGUAGCAGUUUAACUUUUAUAUUAUUGUCUGUAGACUAUUUAAUACACUUUUUGAGUCGCUCUGUUGUUUGCAUUUUUCUAAAUCAUUGCUAUGUAUUGUUAGUUAUUGCCCUAAUUAUGUAAUUCGUGAUACAAUUGUUUCUUUCUGUUCCUUUUUAUUUAUAUUUAUUUUGCUGGCAUAUUUAAUUACUUCCAUAACGUGUGUGGUCUUUAAAGAUCUUGUAAAUUUGGACAGUCCAGUUCGGAAUAUAUUUGAUGUACGAGAGUCCAAUAGCGUAAAAUAUUGAAUUGUUGCAUGGUGCUGAUUGAAUGAUGCGAAUAGGUAAACAGUUGUACAGAGUAUGUGUGUAUAAUGAAUGAAUAGUAGGUUUCUUAUAUGGGCCUACGUUAAUGUAUUGCAUUUUACACGCCACAUCAAACGGCUUAAAACUCACAUCCUUCGUUUGCCAAGCAACUAGUUCCUAUAUAAUUAAAUAAAAUUGAUCAAUAUGUUGUAUCAAAUCAAUCAUUUCAAAUGUGCAGUCAACGUUGCUUUCUGUGGUAACUCCAGUGCUAAUAUUCAUGUAUAAUAAAACAACAAAAAUAUGAGUUUGAUCACUUAAACUCCAGUAGAUAUCAGUCGUAUGUUUUCGUGCAAAGGACGUAUGUUUUUAGUCAUUUGUUUGUUUUCAAAACAAUUAUCAUCUGACAUGUUUAUAUUAUAGUAUCACUUAAUAAAUAGUUAUAGUUAAUUAUCAAAACUCAAUACAUAUUUGGAAACACUAGUCGUAAAUAAAUGCACGUGAAUAAAGUAUAAAUCUGGAUGGACUUCAACGGUUUUCGUUCAACUUCGAAAUAUAAUUUGAUUUUCACUUUAUAACAAUAUUUCAUCGCAAAGAAACACGUAUUUUUAGGACAUGUCCUUAAUGCUAUUAUUCUCGAUUGCAUCUGGUUUUGUCUUUGUUGUCAAUCUUUAAACAAGUAUAUUUAGGCUUUCAAAUAUCGGCAUAUAUUAUUUAGAAUGACGAAUGAUAAAUUCGCACAAAUAAUGUAAGGAAAUAAGCUUGAAUGUUAGUGUAAAAACAAGAGUGACAACAUUCUUAAGUAAACUAUGAACAAAUGCUACACUUUCAAACUGUACGGACAUAAUAUACAAAAAUGUUAUAAUAUAUAUAAUAUAUUUGCAAUAUCUUAGUUGAGCAUGUGGCGGACAUUCUUUUAUACCAGAGUAUAUGCUUGUUUUAGCUUGAAAUGGCCAUUUGUGCAUUAAAACAACAACAUCUUAUCUGACAUAAAAAUGUUCACAUCAUGUAUGUAUUUAUUUUUCUUAAAAGAAUCAUUGAUAAUAUAUAUAAACACUUUUUUUAAUUAUAUAUUAUAAUCGGGCUUAUCAUAGCCUCUCAUGAACUUUUUCCUUUUUUUUUAACUCGGAUCAUUCCUGCACUUAAUUGUACUUUGUCACGAGUGACGCCAAAACUAGAACGAUUUAAGCAUAUUUCAGUGUGUAUAAGCAUGGCAAAUAUUCACACGAAUGAUAUAUAUAAACUCAUCAACCAGCUUUUGAACAUAUACACCACAUUUCAUUAUAAAAAAAUAGUUUUUGGUUAUGAUAAAGAAACAGAAGACGAUAAUGGUGGUGCUAAACUGUACGUGAAAAUCGCCUCGUCCUUCUACUUGCAGCCCGAUUGGUCCGCACCUAUUUAUUAAAUGCUCCCAUUCAAAACACUGCAGAAUACUGUAUACAUGCAUCUCAUAACAAAGACGCGAUACUCUUUCGUUGUUGUUUGUUACUCAUUUCAUUGCUUUAUAUUUACUCACUUGAGCUUUGUGGUUUGUAUUUUAUUGUUUAUUUACAUUGUUUUCUUUUGGUUUGUUUACCAUUUGUUAUGUCAAAUGUUUUAGGGCUUCUUUGAUUACAUAUUACUUAUCGUUCUGUGAUACCUGCUUAUAGCUGUGUGCAUUCUUAAUAAUAAGGACUACAAAAUAAA